AGCAUUGAGACUAUCUGUCGUGCAAAAUUCAAUCUUUGUGACUUUCUAAUCCAUUUUUGUGAAGAUUUAAUUGUCGAAAUAAGAGGUAAUACCACAUUUUACCCUUCUAUUGAGGUUUCACAAUGAAAAUCUUCGUGGCUCUUGUUACCAUCGCUCUUGCCAUUGUUGGCACUUCUGCAACAAACCAUUGCUAUGUUGAUGUUGAGAAUACUUGCAGCAAUAACAACCCUGACGACAACCUCCCCAAUUGCAAUGCAAUCUACGCGGGCUUUCCACAUGCCCAAUCGGCACUGCAGGAGUUUACCAUGAUGCAAAUUCAAUCAUCUUUCGAGUAUCUCCUGUUGUCAUCGAAAUACAACACUCACGUGAAAAAUCGCCCAGGAUUCGCCAAGAAAUUCCGCGAGUUGUCUGACAGGUCAUGGAAUAAUGGUAUCGAUUUGAUCAAGCACAUUACCAAACGUGGUGGAAAGAUGGAAUUCCGCAAAGUCGAAAAACCACGCCAUCUCUUUGAGCAUACCCUGGAACUUGAUGAGCUCCACAGUGUGGCAAUUGUGCUGGAAAAUGAGAAAUUCCUCGCAAAAUCUGCCCAUCACAUUCACCACUCCGUCUCCCAUGCCAAUCACACCAACCACUCUGCUCGCUACGAUGCAGAACUUGCCCAUCAUAUCGAAGAGAAAUACUUUGAGGAUCAAGCUGAAACAAUUCGCAAGUUCUCUGGAUACGCCAACGAUCUCAAGCACUUCAUGCAGGAGAAGAGUCAGGUCGCCUUGUCUCUCUACCUCUUCGAUGAGUACUUGCAGAAGGAGUAAAUUAAGCUCAACGAUGUAAAGAGAAACAAAAUAUUUUGAAGAAUAAACAAUAAUUUUUGGGUAAUAUGUUUUCGUUAGAUAAAAGAGCCAUAUAUAAUUUUUUUUCUAUUAAAUACACUCUAAGGCGUAAAUUAAACGUGAUAUAAUUCCAUGUAUGUAGAGUUUAAAGAGAUUUAAAUAAACCACUGAAAUGUAAAAA